GUUGUGCUAAAAGCCUUUUAGCUAUAAAGAAGUUAUUAGGCAUUUCUCAGCCUCAAAUUAGGGCUUCUUCAUUAAUAUCAGCUUCAUACCCAUUACGGGAGAGGGAGUCUGAAACCACAUAAAGGGGAUGGGAAGGAAGCAGUAUCUGUCUACCCAUCCGUGCGAGAAGCACUGAGAGAAGCCAACUUUCCCUCUGCUGAUAUUAAUGGUUUCAAUUAAAGAGUUGGGCUCCUCACCCUGAGAGAGCUUUCUGCAGACUGCUGGGUGCAGGGACUGAAGUGGCACGAAGGAAGUAACCUGUACCUGUUACCCACUGAAGGAGCCGAAGGCCAAUCAUUUCGGGCAUCGGAUUGACAGCAGAGAAAAAAAGAGAGGAUUAUGUCUCUUUUUCGAGAAGCUAUGUUUGCAGCAUUGAGUAGAAGAAAAGGACAGAAUACCUUGAUUUGGUUGCUGUGUGGUGCAGGCAUUUAGCUCUCUCCGCAGUUACUGGGAUUCUCUGAGCUGCAUUGGACCUUUUCCUAUCCAUUUGCAUUGUUAAUGUUAUUUUUAAGUGAAUUUUUUUUAAAAUUAUCACUCCUGGUCUUGAAUCUUUUUUAUACCAUUUAAAGAUUUAGAAGAAUAACCCUCUGCGUUCAAAAAACAAUGUUUGAUGCUUCUGGAAGAUGAAUUGUAAUUGAAAGUUUCUCCCCUCUUUGGAUGAAUCUGGGGAGUUCAAAUUGUAAGAAGGAAGGGGGAAAAAACCACAAUGAAAGAGAAGUCCAAAAAUGCUGCCCGGACUAGACGGGAGAAAGAAAACAGUGAAUUUUAUGAACUGGCUAAAUUACUGCCUUUGCCCUCAGCUAUCACCUCUCAGCUGGAUAAAGCCUCAAUAAUCAGACUCACCACCAGCUAUUUAAAAAUGAGGGUGGUUUUUCCUGAAGGACUUGGCGAAGCCUGGGGCCAUACUAGUCGAACCAGCCCUUUGGAUAAUGUUGGACGGGAGCUGGGAUCCCAUCUUUUGCAGACGUUGGAUGGCUUCAUAUUUGUUGUGGCUCCAGACGGCAAGAUCAUGUACAUUUCAGAGACGGCCUCCGUUCAUCUGGGUUUAUCACAGGUAGAGCUGACCGGAAAUAGCAUUUACGAAUACAUCCACCCUGCUGAUCACGAUGAGAUGACCGCGGUGCUCACAGCUCACCAGCCCUACCACUCUCACUUCGUGCAGGAGUACGAGAUCGAGCGCUCCUUUUUCCUAAGGAUGAAGUGCGUCUUGGCUAAGAGGAAUGCGGGGCUGACCUGCGGGGGCUACAAGGUCAUUCAUUGCAGCGGCUACCUGAAGAUCCGCCAGUACAGCCUGGACAUGUCCCCCUUCGAUGGCUGCUACCAGAACGUUGGCUUGGUCGCUGUUGGCCACUCGCUACCUCCCAGCGCAGUGACAGAAAUCAAGCUGCACAGCAAUAUGUUCAUGUUCCGGGCCAGCCUGGACAUGAAGCUCAUCUUCUUAGAUUCCAGGGUGGCUGAGCUGACGGGUUACGAGCCGCAGGACCUGAUAGAGAAGACCCUUUACCACCACGUCCAUGGCUGUGACACUUUCCACUUGCGCUGCGCUCACCAUUUGUUGCUCGUGAAAGGGCAGGUGACCACCAAAUACUACCGCUUCCUGGCCAAGCACGGCGGCUGGGUGUGGGUGCAGAGCUAUGCCACCAUCGUGCACAACAGCAGGUCCUCGCGGCCACACUGCAUAGUCAGCGUCAACUACGUCCUCACGGAUACUGAAUAUAAAGGACUACAACUCUCCCUGGAUCAAGUGACAGCAACCAAGCCAUCAUUCUCAUACGCAAAUUCAACUCCAACCAUAACGGACAAUAGAAAGGGCAGCAAAUCACGGCUCGCAAGCACGAAGUCAAAAUCAAGGACAUCACCGUAUCCACAGUAUUCUGGAUUUCACACAGAAAGAUCUGAAUCUGACCAUGAGAGCCAAUGGGGUGGAAGUCCACUAACUGAUACUGCCUCUCCACAAUUACUGGAACCUGCUGAAAGGCCAAGCUCUCAACACCAUGAUGUCUCCUGUGCCUAUAGACAGUACUCAGACCGCAGCUCUCUCUGCUAUGGUUUUGCACUUGACCAUUCCAGGUUGACUGAUGAUAGACAUUUCCAUACUCAGGCCUGUGAAGGAGGCAGGUGUGAGGCUGGUAGAUAUUUCCUGGGCACACCGCAGCCUGGAAGGGAUACUUGGUGGGGUUCUCGUUCAGCAUUGCCCCUGACAAAAACUUCCCCUGAAAGCAGAGAAGCAUAUGAAAACAGCAUGCCCCACAUCACUUCAGUUCACAGGCUCCAUGGGAGAGGACACUGGGAUGAGGACAGUGUUGUUAGCUCCCCAGAUCCUGGCUCUGCUAGUGAAUCAGGAGACCGAUACCGUACUGAGCAGUAUCAAAGUAGUCCACAUGAGCCCAGCAAAAUUGAAACUCUAAUAAGAGCUACCCAGCAAAUGAUUAAAGAGGAAGAAAACAGGCUUCAGCUACAGAAAACAACCCCUGAUCAGCUGGUCUCUAUUAAUGGAGCAGGGAAGAAGCACUCUAUUUGUUUUGCAAACUACCAGCCACAGCAGUUGACAGGGGAUGUCUGCCGUGUUCCUACAGUUGCCAACACCUCUCCUUGUGAACACAUCCAGCAACGAGAUGGAAAGCUUAUGAGCCCACAUGAAAAUGAUUAUGACAACAGCCCCACAACACUGUCUAGGAUAAGCAGCCCAAAUUCCGACCGCAUUUCUAAAUCUAGUUUGAUACUAGCUAAAGACUACCUGCAUUCAGACAUGUCCCCUCAUCAAGCCACAGGGGACCAUCCAGCAGCUUCUCCAAACUAUUACACCUCCCACAGGCAGUACUUUGACAAGCAUGCUUACACGUUAACUGGAUAUGCUCUGGAGCAUCUAUAUGACAGUGAAACCAUUAGAAACUAUUCCUUGGGCUGUAAUGGAUCACACUUUGAUGUGACUUCUCACUUAAGGAUGCAGCAAGAUCCAGCACAGGGACACAAGGGGACAUCCGUUAUAAUAACCAAUGGAAGCUGAUGUUUUUUCUAAAAUAUUUUGUGCUCUAAAAAAAUCUCUGAAAUAUAAUUGGAAGAUAUAUAAGUUUUAAUGCCCUUGUUGUUACCAGCAUUUGAUAUACCACACUGCACUAGAGAGAAUAACCUAAGGUACUGGGGAUGAGUGUGUUGACACGUUACUGUAAAAAAAAAAAAAAUGCACUGGCAUUCAGGGUUAUAGUGAAUGGAGCUAAAGUCAAAAUUGCUGCCACAUUAUAUAGAGAAGAAGAUAGAGGAGGUCUGUGUUGGGAGCACAUUGUGGCAGGCCAGCUGAGCAAUUCAUGCCUGUUGUGUUGGAGUCAGUUGAUGAAAAUACUGCCAAGGGCAGACUCUCUGAAUUGCAUGUGCCCCACAGGUCUUAGUCACCAAAACAGCUAUGCAUUCUUUACAUGCAAAAAUGUGGAUCAUAUAUCUUUUCAAAAUACACAUAAAAUGGGUACAUUAACUGAUUUGUUUAUUCACUAGACUCUAGCCAUGUUAUGUUGCUCAGUGGCAUAAAGCAUCUAGGACUAGCCAAAAGGAAAAAAAAAAAGAGAGAGCGAGAGAGAGAUAUCUUCAGAAUUAUUACUUUAUUGAAUAGCCACACACAUAGUUAUACACUUGCUUGACUUGAAAGACAUAAAUUGAGCAACAUAGUUAUGACUGGCUACUGGACUGCUUCCUCAUGCAAUAUUUAAAAGAAGGAACCAGAAAGGGGGGAUUUCUCAGCCUGGUUUUGAGUAAUGCAGAAGAUAUGAUUGUAACAGGAAGAUACUUUGAACUGUGAUCACAUUCUGGAUGAGUGCAUGAGAUGUCUGGUAAAGUGAAAUGGAAGAAAAUUAGUGAAGGGAAAGGGGGAAAAGGAGCUGAAAUAGAGAGUGGUCCAAGAUGAAUUAGUUUAAUCUCAUAGUGAUGUAUACCAUGUAACCAAAAAUAUGCUGUGAGGAAAAAAAUGUUCCAAGUGGCUGAACUAAUCAGGAGUGAGUUAGAACCAUAGGAGGAAUUGCAUAAAAUUACUGGAAAUUUGGCUGUAAGGACUAUAAAACACAACUAUAUUAAUGUAAGGAUAUAAGAGACAAAGACAGACAAAGUGAAGACUGCAGGGUGACUGUGAUAAAUUCUGAGAAAAUCUUUGGGCACAUUAAGAAAGUGAAGGAGAUUGUAAGGACUCAAAGUUGGAAGAGGUAACCUGUUGACUGAAGUGAUGGGUGUGAUUUUGAAAAAGGCAUACAUUCUUGUCUUGUUCACAAAGGAAAAUAGGGAAGAGAGAUCAGGAACAGUCAUGUAGUAACCAGGGAAAGAGAAAAAAAGAUACUAAGGGAAAAAUCAGGGUCUUGAGAGAAUAUGGGGAAUAAGAAACCCCGGUGUCCGAUGACUGACUACAGCAUCAGGGCCUGCAGGGACCUGCCUUAAAUUAAGAGAUGUGUCAAAGGAGGUAAGUAAAUAUAUUUUAAAACCUUAUGAUCAGGGAGAUACUGUUGGACUGGAGAUGAGCUAAUAUAACACCUGCACUUAAAAAGGCAGCUAGGAAAGAUCAUAGUAACAGUCAUUGGCACAAUCCUUCAAAUGAUUUCAGUGGGAGCUGGACCAGGCCCCUCCUGAUUAUACCAACCUAGAGUAUGGGCAAGAGGGGGGGAUGUUGUAAAAAUGAGCUGAGCACUACAGAAUGGCUUGAUUUGUAAUGUAAAAAAGCUAGAUGUAUGGGAGUUUACUUUCAAUGGUCAUAAGACACAAUCCACCAAGUAGAAGGUUGCUCGGAGAGUUUGGAUAGAUUACAAAAGUAUCAAUCUUCAAAGCAGGGCUAAUCAGUAGCAAAAUAAUAAUAAUCCGGGUCACCAAGUAGAGAUUUACUUGGAGACCGAGAAAAUCACAUAGCCAACUUGGAAUACUGUUAUAUACAGUUCUGAUCACUUUGAGGCAGAUUGUGAUACUCUUACACCACAAGCAAUCCCAUUUGACUUCAGAGUGAUCAUUCAUAGUGAAAGAUACUCUUCCAGAAGAGAAAGAUGUUAUAAUCUGGCCUUUUUUAUCUAAAGCUAAUAAUAGAAAAGGUAGAGCAGAACACAAAGCAGAAAGAUAAAGAGAAUGAAAGAUCUAAUAAGUGUUUAAAUAAACUGGGUCUGUUAUCUUCGGAUAAGGAAAGAUUUAGAGGGAAUGUCACUGAUGUGCACAAAGUUCUGCAUGGAAGAGAGAUUAGAUAACAGUAUAAGGUUAUUUGGAUUAGUGGCAGAUAUGAGCCAAGGGGCAUUAAAUGUUAGCCAAGGAAAAAUGAGAACAAAACAAAUUUGGAGAGAAUUAUAUUAAAUGAAGCCUAAUAAUCUGAAUGAACUAUAAAGGUCAUAAACAGGAGCAGCUAGUAUAAAUAAUUUGUAAAAAAGAUAAAAACAAGGCAAGUAUUUAAUGUUGUUGGGAAAAAUGCUAACAACUGCUAACUCAAAGGGGUGGAUGGACCAAAAUGGAUUUCUUUCAGCCCAACGAUUUUAUAUAUUCCUAAAAAGUUAGGAAUGAGAGGGUAUUUUUGAUAAGUCUAGUACUGGAUACAUCUUUAUUUAGUUUACACCUAUGAAUAGUAUUAACUUUUUAUUUGGAGCCUCAUUGUACAGUAUUAAAAUGUGAUUUGCUGAGUAAAACAGAAUAGAAAUACAUGCUAUCAUAUGUCCCUUGGAAACUGCUAGUACAUUACAAAAGUGACUCUAAGUAAAUAUGAAUAUUAUACUAGAUUACAUUACGAAAGGCACCUUCAUAAAUGACUGUACUUCUAACACAGUUUGUUUAUAUUCUUCAUUUAGGAAAAAAGCAAGUAAGCUAUGCAAUAAAGAUUCCCUGUUACUAUUUACUGUGAUCCCAUAUAGAAUAAAAGUUUCUAAGCAACUAUUGCUAAAUUAAAUUUCUCCUAUGCUGAGAUUUUCCAUAGUUUCAUUCCACUACAGUGGCAAAUACAGGAAGGUGCAAUGUAAUAAAUAUAACAUUUAAAAUAACAAUACAGUGGUCUGGUGCCCUCCACCUGCAGCCAUGUUGUAAGACAAGCAAGACUGACACUUGCUCAUUCCCCAUGCAAGAUGGCAGCAACUAUUGCUCCUUCUUAGUUCAUCAUUGUCAUUGACUGGAGGCACUUGCCAGUUACGGGCUAUCUGAUUGGCCAUCCUGCUCCCUUAAAUGGCCAGCUUGGAGGGAACAAUUUUAUCUUAACUUCAAAGCUGGCAAGGAGCUUUUAAUGUGAUUUUGAAAAAUUAUUACAAAUUAUUUGUAAGCAUAAUUAUUAUGUAAGCUUAGGGACAGUUUGCAACCCUUAACUGUAGCAUUCAUUACUGCAAGUGGCAUAACAUGUACUUUCCUGUAGGGCACAAAGCUUACACUUGUUCAUGACAUCAGUGCUUAUUGUAUGACAUACUUUAAUGAACUUCAUAUUUAGUUCAACUCCCCACUUAACCUCAGUGAUAAAAUGUAAAAAUCCUCAACAUCCUUCAAGGAAUGUAUGUUUUAAAAAAAGAGAUGAGCAAUUUUGGAAAAUUUGAAAAUGCAAGAUACAGUAUUUGCUUUGAUAUUUUUCAAAUGUUUCAUAUUAGAUCAUUGGUAUCACUUUAUACCUGAGACAUUUUAGGGUAUGUUUCAGUUCCACAAGUGCAACUAAUACUAUACUGAUUGCACUGUAGUAUGCUACCAUUUGAUAUCAUAAUAGCAUUAUGUCAACAAACAUAACAACAAGUGAAUAUGCUAAUAAAACUGCACACUACUUAUGAUGACCCUUAUCAAAAGCUUGUUGAAACCAAUGGGAGUCUUUUCAUUGAAUUCAGUGGGCUCUGGAUCAUGCUUUCUAUGUCUUUAUUUGAUGUUAAGAAAAGAAUGGAACUGUCUCUCACUUAUACACAGUUGCACUCAGUGGGCAUAGUGUACACGUUUAAGGCCAGAGGCUUAUACAAAUUCUUAACUUAGAGUAAGAAACAGUCCUAUUGGUUUCAAUGGAUAUAUUUGUGGAGUAAGGUGCUAAUCUAGCAGAAUCUGGCUCCUAGUGAUUUGGCACUAGUUUUUUUUGUGCACAUGGAAGAUGUAACUAUGAAAACUGUAAAGGGAAAUGCCCCCCAAAUGACAUGUAUUACUAAUGCAGAUUGUUUUUUCUAUACAUGCUUUGAAUAGGUUUAGAAAAAUGUGGGCAGCUCUGAACAUUGGCGGGUGCCAAAGACCAAGAACAUUUUGCUGUGCUUUCACCUUUUGGGGAAUAGCCAACUUACUUUUUUGAUGAUGUUCCCACAAGUACUAUCACUUGGUGUAGUACAGUAAAAUCCUAUUUAUCCAACACUAUUUAAUCCACAAAGCCCUCCUCUUAUCUGAAUCUCAGUUAUAUCUCUACUGGCAUGAAGCACUUAUUCAAUAAUUUUCCUGAUUACCUGAACCACCAUUUAUCUGAAAGGUAUUGCUAAGCCCCCAAAGUAUUCAGAUAAAUGGCCUUGUGUGGUAUUUCUGCAAAACACAUGGAUGCACUGGAAAAGCUGACUGUCUGUUGAAGAAGCACCAACUUUUAAUUGCAGCACCAAAGUCCAACAAACUCAUGGCUAUCAGAACGGGGCUUCAGACCUUCCAUAUGAAAGUUCACUUUGGCUUCAAUUGGGGUUACUGCUCACAAAACAAUACCAGGAUCAGGGCCAAUUAUGGGUAUUUUGGAGGCAGUUAUGGUUAUUGUCUGGUAGCAAUGUAUUUCAAUUCAGGAUUUUCCAUGGAAUUCUCUUAAAUUUACACAUAGCAGCAUAGGGUCGAAUCCUGUUCCUAUUGAAGGAAAUGGAAGUUUUGCUACUGACUUCAAUAGGAACAGGGUUGAGGAAUUUACUUCCACACAAAAAUGCAUGCUGGUUAGCCCCAAAGUAAUCCAGACUGCGAUAUUCAGGUAACUAGAACACCUAUUUUAUAUAUUGUUUUAUUAAAAAUGGCUAUUAAGUAAUCUGAGUGUCUGCAGUAAAAAAACCCAACAGUGCUGUAUUAUCACUCUGGUACCAUAUACAUCAUUCUGUUUGUUGUGAAUAAGGCCCCCGGAGCUCAUGGGUUAGCAAAAUAUUUUUACUGCUCAAUGCUCCAAAGGGAAUUAUUAUUUUGGACAAGGAAAAUUAAGUAGCAUUUUCUGCAGAAUGAUGAGUGACAGUGUAGCUCCCUUUCACAGAAAGCAUCCUUGGAGUGUCUGACAGUAAAAAAUUACAUGCAAGGAAAUUUAACUCUAGUGUUCAGUUCAUGCACACAAGAGUUCUGUGGAUAAAUCUUGGCUCCAACUGGUAAGAAUGCACCCCUUUCUGAAAGAAGGGUAAUUUAUGGCUCCUGACAUGAGACUAUACAUGAAAGGAAAGAUCAAAUAUAUAGGCAUUAUAGGAAGAAACAAAGGUUUUUUGGCAGGUUGUAUCCACUAUUUAACCUCUCCUUUCAAAUGGUAAACAUAGGAUUCUAGGGUUUAAAAUACAAUUUUUAAACAUUUUUAUUUAUUGAAAUUUUGACUACAUGUGAUUUUGCUCUUAGACACUAAAAAAGUAGGACAUUUGGAAACACAUAAAAUAAUCUUAACCCAUUAUAAAACAGUACAGCAGUUCCAUUUCUAAAUAAAUAAAGUCAAUGGGGAAGAGUUCUUUUAAAGCACUGUAAUUUUUUCCCAAUGGUAAACAUUUCAGCACAUAAAACUAGAAAAAGGCACUUCAGAAACAAUGACAUGUUCAUAUUUGUUUUGACGAGCAUAUUUAAAAAACCCAACCAAACCUCAACUCCCCAAACCCAAUGGAUUAUAUUUAUGAAAAAAGACACAGGUUGCCAACAUUUCAAAUGCCAUGCCUUGCAAUGUAUAGGUUCUAGUGACACUGUAGCAUAACAUCUGUAAUUUGAAGUUUUCCUUUGGAAUGUAAUGUAGGAAACACAAUUUAGCUAUGUUAACAAUAUCUUGCAAAGUGUUCCCAUUUAUAAUUAUUUAUAUUGUAAAUAGCUUUCUGAAGUAAAUUUGAAGUUAAUGUGCAUAAGAUGUAUUUAUUAUGUGAAGAUUUUUUUGGUUUAAAAUA